UAGUUGCUUCAAGYCGUCGCGACGAGUGUACCAAGCGAACAUGAAGUUUUUUCUGGUUUUAUUUGCGUCCUUUCUUGCUUUAUCUGGCGUUAAAGGAAUGCAGGAUGGAACGAUUCGUAUUGGGAAGAUCAACCCURACAAUGAUUACUACUGUGAAACUGUCACUUUUCCAACAGCCUUCACGGGCGUUGAUCCUGUCAAAGUCUUUACGUCAAUUGGUUUUGGCACGAACUCAUCACGUGUACAUGACGUAGUGUUCACGUGGGUUGAGUCUGUCACUACAAGUAGCUUCAAAGUCUGUCUGGUAGAGAAUGGGGUUGGAUCGGAUGGAGAUGUGACUAUUAAUUGGAUGGCUUACCAAAGCAUACAGUCUGGUGUGACGGACGGAUCCGUCAGGUUAAACGACUGGACGACCGGAACGGAGUGCAAACAAGUUAUUUUCUCUCACAAUUUUCCAAGUGUUCCACAUAUCUUUGUUUCUGCCCAUCACAAUGUGCUGGACAAAAAGCAAGAUGCAGCCACAGUUUGGGUGGAAGGUAUCACCAGAAACGAUUUUACUGUCUGCAUGAGAGAAGCAAGAACCUUUGAUGGACGCCAUAAGGACAUCGAUGUGACUUGGAUGGCAAUGACUGAGGUUCCCCAGACGUGGAAUUAUCAUGACUUUAUCAGAGUAGACUUUCCAAACACUCUUGUACCAAGCGAGGCUGACAAUGAUGCAUUUUGCCAGGUCGUGAGCUUCAACCAGCCGUACUUUGAUGCACCUACAAUCGUUGUUGCACCAAGUCAUGAGUAUGACAGCAGCGAUAUCAAUGCCAUUCAUCCUGAGCACAACUCCAUUGCUGCCUGGGUUGAGGAAACUACUCGAACAAACUUCAAGACAUGUGUUAAAGAUCUUGUCGGAUUGGACAACAAACAUCAUCCAAUUGAAGUUGACUAUAUUGUGUUUGGAGAUCUUGAUCCAUGUAUUAACAAGACCUGUGAUUUUUUUGGUGUUUGCCAAGCCACGUCAGCAAAUGCUGGCCAGUGUGAGUGCAUUACACAAUGUCCAUCAUACCAAGAUCUCGUGUGUGCUUCUAAUGGUAGAACGUUUGAUAACAUGUGUGCUUUGAAAAGAGAGAUCUGCCAAACUCGGGGAAAUUAUUCGUAUUACCAUCCUGGUGGUUGUCAAGGCUUUCCAUUUGACAAAGGAACACAUCAUCUCAGCCAUGUUUCAGCCGAGUCCUAUUGUGAAGUUGUUUCUCUCCAGCCCUACGCAUUCUAUCCCCACAAACCCAUCCAUGUCCAAUUAACUGUCAACUACAUCAAUGCGUCACUUCCAACAAAUGUGCAUGACGCAACAGUCACGUGGUCAGAAAAGGUUAAUCCAAACAACUUCACUGUGUGUAUGACCAAAACCGGAAGAAAUGAUCAGCCUACCAAUGACGUGGCAUCAGUUGAUUGGAUAGCUUAUCAGGGUUCACCAAACGGAGCAUUGACUGGGAAGGAGCGCAUUACACAAUGGUGGACUGGUACCAAGUGCACCACGCUAGCAUUCCCAAGUGGUAAAUUCACGGGUACUCCCACGGUACUAGUCACUCUCGAGCACCAGAGAGAUGGACUCAAACACGAUGCUGCCAGUGUCUGGGUYGARGACAUCAGCUCUUCCUCAUUUCAAGUUUGUAUCAGAGAGCUGCAGAACUUUGACGGAAUUCAUAAAGAGAUUGACUUGGAUUGGAUGGCGUUUGAAACGCUUCAUCUUCCACUGUUUUCUGAGCAUGGCAGUGUUCACUUUGCCAAUACACAAACCCCUCUAGAAUCUAACAACUAUGCUUUCUGUGAGGUAGUGAACUUGGCAAAAACCUAUACAAGACGACCUUCAGUGUUGAUAACAGCUACCCAUGACACAAGCGUUGGCCUUAGUAACCCUACUUGCAACGGGAUAUCUGCAUGGAUCGAGAAUAUUACCUUGGUAACAUUCCGUGUUUGUCUUAAAGAGCUGUACUCGGACCGUUAUGAUCCUGUCACCCUGCAGUACGCGGUUGUAUCAGACAUGUGUGGAAAAAACUGGAACUACUUUAAUGGCUUCUGCUAUAAGACCACCCCUUCCUGUGCCUCUUGGAAUGCAGCUCAGUCCAACUGUAUUGAUGUUAACUCCAAUCUGGCCAGUGUAACCAGCCAAGAAGAAAACACAUACAUUCAACAUCGYCACRGYGGYGAUACAGGAUGGAUAGGACUACAAGACAUUGACAGUGAAGGAAACUUUACCUGGAUUGACRGWACCAAUGUAACCUUUACGUACUGGGCGGCAAAUCAGCCAAACGGUCACCCUGGAGACCAGGAUUGUGUACAUACUCUUGGAUUACGUCAUGACUAUCACUGGAAUGACGUCACAUGUGGAUCUUGYCACGCCUACACGUGCAAACGAGAUAUUGAUGAAUGUUCCAGUGAUUAUCACGUUUGCGGUUUAAAUGCACAGUGUACCAAUUMUGAUGGUUCGUACACGUGUGUUUGUAACUCUGGCUAUACUGGUGAUGGAACCUCGUGCCUAGAACUCGAUGAAUGUUCAUCCGGCGUCCAUACUUGUGAUUCCAAUGCGCAGUGUACAAACACUGUAGGAUCCUACACCUGUAGCUGUCUUCUUGGUUUUAAUGGUGAUGGAAGAACUUGUUCAGAUAUUGACGAAUGUUCGUCUGGUUCCCACAGCUGCAAUGGCCACGCACAAUGUACUAAUGCAGUUGGGACCUACAAUUGUCAAUGUAAUCCGGGAUUUCAUGGUGACGGCUGGGCUUGUACAGAUGUCGACGAGUGCACAACAGGCUCCCAUUCUUGUGAUGCUAAUGCACAAUGCUCUAAUAACCUUGGAUCUCAUGCUUGCCAGUGUAACCAUGGCUUCAAUGGUAACGGAUAUAYAUGCUCAGAUGUGGAUGAAUGUUCUUCUGGCGCUCAUACUUGCAAUGUAUAUGCACAAUGUACAAAUACAGUUGGGUCAUACAGUUGCCAAUGUAAUCCAGGCUACCAAGGCAAUGGACAUCACUGCUCAGACAUCGAUGAGUGCUCGACGGGAUCUCAUUCUUGCYAUUCCAAUGCACAUUGCAUUAACAAUAUGGGAUCGUAUACCUGCCAAUGUGAUCCUGGAUAUCAGUGGGAUGGAAGCACAUGCACAGAUAUAGAUGAAUGUACGACAGGUCCCCACGGUUGCCAUGCCAAUGGUCGUUGUGCCAAUACUAUUGGUUCCUAUACAUGCCAGUGUAACAGCGGUUACUAUGGUGAUGGAUACUCUUGCACCUCCGUGCAUGUUUCGGUCCAAACUGACUGUAACUAUACAAGCAUAGACGAYCGUAGUGGSCAUUUCGAGUCACCAAACUACCCAUUAAACUACCUCGACAACCAAAAUUGUUACUGGACGCUCACAUUCGAUGCAAGAAUCACUAUUUCCUUCGAAAGUUUUCAUCUGGAGGAUACCCAUGAUCAUGUGCGAAUUUACGAUGGYGACUCGAGCGGRCAUACGUUACUUGGUGAAUUCAGUGGCAUUUCCACCCCUUCACCAGUGUCAAGCUCAUCCAACCAGCUAUAUAUCACUUUUAGUUCAGAUGAUUCGGUAACACGUUCAGGGUUUAGGGCAAAGUAUGACGCUUCCAUCCGUCUGGUUGGAUCAUCUAACAACUACGAGGGACGUCUUGAGGUCUAUCGCAACAGCCAGUGGGGUACUGUCUGCGAUGAUGUAUGGGACAGUGAUAGCAACGGUGCUACGGUCGCCUGCAGUCAGCUCGGCUUCAGUGGUGUCCAGUCCUACAGCACCAAAACCUUUGGCGAGGGAAUUGACCCUAUUUGGCUUGAUGAUGUCACGUGCAACGGUAACGAAACAAGGAUACAGGACUGUUCACGCCUCGGUGGAUUAUGGGGAAAUCAUAAUUGUGCUCACAGAGAAGAUGUAGGAAUUAUAUGUAGCCCAUAAGAAGGAAACUAAAAAGCAAGAUUUUUGUUUUGUUUGCUUGAGAAACUUUGACUUCAUUAUAUCAUUCUUAAGUUAGACAUUUUUCUUUCUAGCUUUAUGAGGGUGUUGUAGUACCCGCUUCAAUGGUAAACUAGACACAUAGCUGUGUAAACUCGCACUAUUUUCAUUCGGAGUAUUAUUUUUGUAGUAUUAACUUUAUGUUAAGCCGAUAACACUUUUAAAAUAGGUGGUGAAUGUGUGCAUUAAAAAUUACUGCAUGGCAAACUUGCUUAUUA